UACUCUUGCCAUACAAAACCAGGAAAUGGUUCGAGUAGCGAAGAGGGCACGGAUGCAAUAUCAUCGCAUUGGACAUUGUUGUCAUCCCGAUCUGUUGAUCAACUUACAAGAACGCGAAACUUCUUCCAACCGACAAGACUCCCACGUUUGCGACCGAUGGCUGCCGGACGUUUCUAUGUGCUCUCCCGGUGGGUUGGGGCAGUAGCGACCCCAUCAGCGUGCAUCCCCAAGGUGGUGGCGCCGCUUCGUCCUCCCACGGCGUUUUGUCGUUAUGCCAGCAACAGUAAGCGUGUGGGGAGGACACGCGGAGAGCAAUACGGAUCCCGCAGAGAUGAAGAUGAUGAUGAAGACGAUAUCAUGAAGGAGGUCGAGGACAAACUCAACGUUUUAUUGGAAGAGAAUAAGAGGAAGCAGAAGAUGGUCAAAUACAACAGGUUGCACAGGAAGAUGACACCAUCAGGUGCUCCAGAGAGGACCUUGACUUGGGAGGCCAUGGAGACCAUCAGGUAUCUAAAGCGAGAGCAUCCAGACGAGUGGACAAUUGGACAGCUAUCUGAAGGUUUCUCAGUCAGUCCCGAAGUGAUCCAGAGGGUGCUCCGCACCAAGUUCAACCCGACGCCUCACAGGAAAGCAGAGCAGGAUGCAAAGGUGAUGUCCAGGCUUCAGCGUUCAGCGUUGCCUUUGGGUGAGAUCAAGACAGAGCAAAGUCAAUCAGCUCUGCACGCAGGCCGCUCGCUACGCCAGUUUUUGCCUACCAAAAAUCCAGAAGCUGCUUUGGUUCCUGUGAUUGGAAGUACAGAUAAACCCUCUAUCAAAGCUUCCGCUCUCGUUACCGUUCCGGUGAUGCCGCCAAAAUGCCACAAAGAUGCCGCAGCGACAACAACAUGGACAACGGGACAGGACGACUCAGCCAACGCCAAUCUGGCAGAGGCGGAAGACGAGACUUGGGAUGGACAAGUGUUAUCUGAGGAAGAGCUCGAGAAGUUUCAGGGUACUAAAGCUGAACCUGUGCUGCAGGUUGGGAAUGACUUCUUUGAUUGCAACGGCCAUUUUUUGUACAGAAUCUAUUGAUGCAAAAGAUUUGAAUGUAGUCCAUCUAAUAAAAGACAAGUAACAAGAUUGCUUUGUGAAUAAUAAGCAAUGUUGGGCAAAUUCAUUUGACCAUUUAUACCACAUUCAUUGAAUGUGAAAGGAAUAGGUUCCUUUACAAUAUCACUGUCUAUGUAGAGCAGGGGUGGACAAUUCAUUUUGCAAAUGGGUCACAAGAGACUGCUAGCCAAGAGCCAACCCGACAUUCUAACCUCAACUUUAAAAAAAAAAAAAAAAAAAUUAAGAGCAACAAAAAAGUUUAGCAGUAGUCACAAGUAGAGGAACAACAGAAAUUUAUUGGCAAACCCAAAGAUAAAAUUGUCUGAAAAGAUACAAACAGCAGAUACAAAGAUUGCAUAUUUACAAUUAACUUUUAAAAAAAAAUCAUACCUCAUUUAUAGAUCACGAGAAGAAUGCAAUUGCAUCGCAUAUCAUUUUGGCCUAAUCGCAUCACCUCAGUCAUUUGUAACUCGCUGUCUCAAUAUUAGAAAUAAUUUCUUCGCUAAAAAAUGUUUACGUUUGUGUAGAUUUGGAGUUAUCCAAAUCAUGGUAAUCCAAAAAAAGCCUGAAUGUUAAAAAAUGACCAGCCAAUAGGCAAAAAUAAAUCCAAAUAAGAUCCACACCACAUUAACUGCACUCUGAACAUGCAAAGCACAAAUAAAUAGAAAAAAGGUAUGAGAGAAGUGCAAAUGCCUCAAGGAGAAGGAACAAAAAAAACAUUUCAAUGGGACAUUACAUACAUUGACUAUUUAAACAUUAUGUAUACAAAUAGUGUCUGGAGUGCUUGCCCACCCAUCAACUGUCAAAUUAAAGUUUUGUUAGCUGAUUAUUUCCAAAUGUGUUUGCAACU